AUCUGAAGGUGUAUGAUGUGUACUCUUCCAUCUGAGGGUGUGUCGUUCUGCCUUUCUGCAGCAGCCAAGAGUCUCCUCAACAAGAAGGCUGAUGUCAAGCCGCAGACAAACAGCACGAGAAACAGCAUAGUCACCAGUCCCAAAGGCAACGUCCCCUCUGCUGCGCUGGAGCCUCAGACUACUGUUAUCCAUAAUCCAAUAGAUGGGACCAAGGGAUCGUCCGACAGCAGCAACACUACUAUCGAGGAUGAAGAUGUUAAAGCUCGCAAACAGGAGAUCAUAAAGAUCACGGAGCAGCUGAUCGAAGCUGUCAACAAUGGAGACUUUGAGGCCUACGCGAAGAUCUGCGACCCUGGUCUCACCUCGUUCGAACCUGAGGGUCUGGGUAACCUUGUGGAGGGAAUGGACUUCCACAGAUUUUACUUUGACAAUCAUCCCUCUCUCCCGUCAGUCCUCUCCAAGAACAGCAAACCUAUCCACACCACCAUUCUCAACCCCCACGUGCACAUGAUCGGGGACGACGCCGCCUGCAUCGCUUACAUCCGCCUGACACAGUAUGUGGACGGGCAGGGUCGUCCCCGCUCCAGCCAAUCAGAAGAGACCAGAGUAUGGCACCGCAGGGACACCCGGUGGCAAAACGUCCACUUCCACUGCUCAGGAGCUCCCGCUGCCCCGAUGCAGGGAUGAGAGACUCCUGAGGAGGCAGCGAGGAGCCGAAAGGGAAUAAGUGGAUAAUCCAAGAGAGCGUGUCUACACCGAGAGAGAGGUGCAGGUGGAUGGAGGGUGGCUUAAAGGAGUCUGAAGAGUCUGAUUUAAAGGAUCACGAUCGUCCUCCUGAGCCCUGCACACACACCUCGCUCUUCUCUCUCUCUCUCUUCUUCUUCUUCUUCUUCUUCUUCUUUUCGUCUUUGCGACCUCAAACACAGACAGACACUCCCAUCGCCAAAACCUACGCUACAGCAGAUGGCAUAUCAGCCACAAAAAAAGGAAACUCUUUAGCCGGUGUUUACCGACACCCAACAUACCCGGACAUCCCCUUUGCCCUUUGACCCCGUUUGUUCUGCAGCGCGGCGCUCUCCUGCUGAAGAUUUACCCGUUUACUUCUCAGAUUAUUGUUCCUUGAUCUAGUAUUAUUAUGGCUGCGGUCUGUUGUUGUGCUCUUUACACUGUACAGUAUAUUUAUUAGUCAUCCUGAUAUCUCCUUCUUUCUUUUUUUUUAUAACGAGCAUGUCUCUUAUAACCCGUGGCUGUUUUUUCUGCACGACUAAAAGGCUGCCUGUGUGAAAUGAACAAACUGCACUGCGUGUCUCACAGAGGAGAGACCAGUGGGUGUGUUUAAUUAUCCGUUUUGUUCGUUAAUCAAUGGAGCUUUUGAUUUUUUUUUUUUUAUUCAUCUAUCUCCUCCUUUAUUCCUCUGGAGUGUAUUUGACCCGACGCCUCUGACCCCUCUGAGCCGCUCUGUGAGACAGUGAAAACCUUGCAGCAUGCUAAGAUAUAUCUGUCGUUCUUGACUGACUCUCUAUGUACUGAACUUUGCAAGUUAACUACUGCGAUUAUGACAAUGGUUGAAACUAUAGUAUCACACUGUUUAUGUACAUUUUCCAGUUUCAUCGUGGUGACUUGACUACAGUUAUGCUGUAGAUGGUAUUUAAUUGCAUGAUAUUCCGAGUUAAUAACAUUGUUAAGUUGGGUGUUAUCGUGCAUUUUGUUGAUUUUUCUCUUUUUUGGACUGAACUGUCGGUGAGCUAUGAUCUGUUGCCUCUGGGCUUUGUACGUGCAUAAACUUUAACUUUUUGUGUUGAUAUGAUAGUGUAGUAUACGAGGAUUCGGGUGAGGAUGACGGCUAUACGACUGAAAAUGCCUUUAUGUGAAGAAGUUGCUGGAUCCAGAUCAGUUUUUAAAUCUCUGUUUUACUCUGUGGGAGACAAAAGCCAAGAUACUUAUUCUGCUUUUUUAUUAGAAACACAUUGAAGUGAACAUAGAGAAUAUAUUUAUCUUAAAAGGUUCUUCAUUUAGAAAGAAAAACAAUGCAUUGGUACCAGGGACAUAAAGCCAAAAAGUGUCAGAACAACUUUAUCAACAACAAAUUUAAAGACACAGAAUAAUCCCUAAUUAUUUGAAAUAAAGAAAUAAAUAUAUAUCCUAAGUGUUGCCCCAAACACAGAGGUCUCUGUUGAGUCAAAACCAAGAACUGUGUGAGAAGUCAAAGAAGCUUUCUUAACAUCACCAGCUGGUUUAUGCACUACAAAAACUCACAUCCAAGUACGUGGGUUCGUUCAACUUCUAAAAUAUGUAAUUACACUUCUCUUGACAAGUCCAGGUAAAAAUCUUCUUUACAGAUAUACAUCACAAACUAUGCGGCCUAAAUUGUCGGUAGUAAGUCAAACAAAAGCAAGGGGCAAGAAAAUGUUGCUCAUUGUCUUGAAAUUUAAUUAUUAAUGUCAAUACACUCUACAAAUAAACAAUCUUUAUUGACCAACAGAAAUGAAUUAAAAUAGACCUUAAUAACUAGCACAUUUUAGAUAAAAUAGCCUCUUUUUUAGGACAGGCACAACCCUGACUGGUGUUACUUUGAAGCUCUCAUGGUGUACUCAUCCUCUCCAUAAGAGGGCGCCAAAUCCAAACAACACAAAGAGUAACCUGUGAGUCAUUAAAGGGUUCAAAGGGCUUGACUUUUGAGUCUGUGCUAAGCUGGGCGUUGGUGAGAGUGGGACCUCAAACACUGAUAAGCAGAGCGACUGUGAGCGAGAUAAAGACUGACUAACACAGAGAGUCAUCCCAGGCCUUCAAUAACUUCAUUUUCAAACACUUUUAACCUUUUUUUAACUUGACUGUUUCGGCUCACAAAAUGUUACAACUCCUAAUUUUUUUUGGUGUCAAGAUCUCACAAUCCACACAAUUUUAGUCCUGAAAAUUGAAGUUUAUUUAUCAUGGAUUGUUGUCCAAAAAAGUUGCAACAUCAGCAGUUUUGAUUAUGAAGCGUAUUGAUAAAGAUGAAUGAGUAGCAUUACAAAGCUACAAAUGGAGCCGGACCAAAACAAACAACUAAUGCAAAAUCUACUGCGAACAUAUACAUAUUUGCAAGAUGAUAUUCAUAAUAAAGCCUGCAUUUUAGUCCCAUUAACAAACUUGGGUGCAUGAAUAUUAAUCAGACAGACACUGCAGGAUCUGUGUGGUGUUUUCAUUUUCACCGGUUUCCUAAAAGUGUUAAUUCUUUAACAGGAUUAUUGGUCACUCAGUGUCAUUGUCCUCUGUGGCAAACGAUCUUUAUUCCACUAAUAAUGACUUGGCUGUGACACAGAGAAGACAGAAGAGCCUCAGUAAUUAUUUUCUCAGUUGAAUGAUCAGGAGACGACUCAUGAGAAUGCUGCCGUGUGUAAAACAGAGAUUUCUUUUUCUACGUUUAUUAUACUGAUAACGAUGAAGAUGAUUCCUCUCUCUGGUGUGCAUUUCAAGUCUUAUCAAUAUUCAAAUGUGAUCAGAUGUAAUCAGUGUGUGAACCAAUAAAAUGACAAUGCAGAGAGCACCUUA